GACUGUGGGGUUUGGGAGAGUUUGCUGCUGACGCGUCGCUGCGGGGGGCGGGGCAAACGAAGGGGGCGUGGCUUAAACCUGGAGGCCGCCGAAUAUUUCACCUUGUUCUGUGGAGAUGGCACAACCAUUAUUUGAAAGUGAAGAACCUUUGCUCUCCGAAGAGGACACUAAAGAGGAGGACGAGCCAGAGAAAGAUGCAAAAGAUUUGGAAGAGGCCGAGCCUUUUUGUCCUGCAGGUGAUGCUGAGAAGGAAGCCCUUAAGAUUGAAAAAGAGAGAAUGCCUCAAGACCCAGAGAACUGUGAUAUCCCUUUUUAUGUAUCUGAAUUUGUGGAAAGAGAGGUUGGCGUUGAUUGUGAUUCAUUAAGCAAGCUUGGCAGACUUAUUGAACUGCUGUUGGAAAACAAAAGGAAGUUAGAAGAGCAGGUACUUACAGUUUCAUCAGAAGUUCCCAAAAGAAUUCAGAAGGCCUUACAGAAUGCAGAGGAUUCUAAGAAGUCUCUCAAUCAGCUUCUAGAGAAGGAGAAUAUUUUGUGCGAUUCAAUUAAUAGCCAUUUGUUGACAUCCCAGCCAUGGAUGGAGGAUCUUGGUAUAUUGAUCAGUCAAGUAAAAGAAGUUGAACGGCAUCUUGCUUAUUUAAAAUUGAUUUCACAAAUAGAAGAAUUAAGUGACAAUAUUCAGCAAUAUCUUAUGACCAACAAUGUUCCAGAGGCUGCUACUACUUUAGCAUCUAUGGCUGAACUGGAUAUCAAGCUUCAGGAUUCAUCAUGUUCCCAUCUUCUUACUUUUGUAAGGUCUACUGUUCAGUUCUGGCACAAGAUCCUGAAGGAUAGGCUAUCAAGUGAUUUCGAGGAGACUUUAACUCAUCUUCACUGGCCAUUUGUUGGACCAGCACAAUCCCAGCCUUUUGGCUUGGCCGGAGCACCCAACAACGUCGUAGAGAUAUACAGUAACUUUGAGAUGCUGUUUUCUCAGCUUCUAAAACUGCAGACUACAGACGAACUAUUAAGCAAACCAAAGCAGCUUCCGGAAAAGUACCUUCUUCCCCCCACUGCACCUGUUAUAUUACCCAUGCAGAUUAUGGUGGGUCCUCUUCAGAAAAGAUUCAAGUAUCAUUUCACAGGAAACAGACAAACAAAUGUUUUAAGCAAGCCUGAAUGGUACCUAACCCAAGUGCUUAUGUGGAUUGGAAGUCACGCUAAGUUUCUUGAUGACAAAGUCCAACCAAUAUUGGACAAGGCAGGCUCUCCAGUCAAUGCAAGGAUGGAGUUUUCCCGAGCUUUGGUGAUGCUGAUCCUGGAGAAGUUGGCUGCUGACAUUCCUUGCUUGUUGUACGAUGACAGCCUCUUCUGCCACCUGGUCGAUGAGGUCCUUCUUUUUGAGAGAGAGCUACACAGUGUCCAUGGAUAUCUCAACAGCUUUCCCAGCUGUAUGCACAUUUUAUCAGAAGAGACCUAUUUUCAAAGAUGGCUAACUAUGGAGAGAAAAUUUGCUCUUCAAAAGAUGGACUCCAUGCUUUCAUCUGAAGCUGCCUGGGUAUCGCAGUACAAAGAUAUCACUGAUGUAGAUGAAAUGAAAGUCCCAGACUGUGCUGAAACUUUUAUGACUUUGCUGCUGGUUAUCACAGAUAGGUAUAAGCACCUUCCUACUGCUGCUAGAAAGCUACAAUUCCUAGAACUGCAGAAAGAGUUGGUGGAUGACUUCAGGAUACGACUAACUCAAGUUAUGAAGGAAGAGACCAGAGCGCCUUUAGCUUUCCGGUAUUGUGCAAUCCUAAAUGCUGUCAACUACAUAGCAACUGUAUUAGCUGACUGGGCUGACAACCUUUUCUUCUUGCAGCUCCAACAGGCUGCAUUGGAAGUUUGUUCUGACAGCAAUGCACUGAGUAAACUACAGCUUGGACAACUGGCUUCAAUGGAAAGUUCUGUCUUUGAUGAUAUGAUUAACCUUCUGGAGCGCCUAAAGCAUGAUAUGCUGACUCGUCAAGUCGAUCAUGUCUUUCGAGAAGUCAAAGAUGCAGUUAAAAUGUACCGAAAAGAAAGGUGGCUGUCUUUACCGUCUCAAUCAGAACAGGCAGUAAUGUCUUUGUCUGUCAGUGCCUGCUCACUUCUGCUCACCUUGAGAGACCGGCUGCUACAGCUUGAGCAGCAGCUUUGUUUCUCAUUGUUCAAAAUCUUUUGGCAAAUGCUUGCGGAGAAGGUGGAUUUGUUCAUCUAUCAGGAAAUCAUUCUGGCCAAUCACUUCAAUGAAGGAGGAGCUGCGCAACUCCAGUUUGAUAUAACCAGGAACCUUUUCCCUUUAUUUUCACAUUACUGCAAGCGACCAGAGAAUUAUUUUAAACAUAUAAAGGAAGCCUGUAUUGUACUGAAUUUAAAUGUCGGCUCAGCUCUGCUGUUAAAAGAUGUGCUACAAUCGGCUGCUGACAACCGAAGUGGAAUGAUCUCGAGUUCAAAUCAGCCUACAGCUGUAGCAGCAUUAAAUGAACUUGGAAUCUACAAGUUAGCUCAACAGGAUGUGGAGAUUCUUCUUAAUCUGAGAACAAAUUGGCCUAGUACUGGGAAAUAAGCAAAAAUAAUAGGUUGGCGAAACACUAAUUAGUAUUGUAUUUUAUGAGAAAACAAAUCCAAACUUUUGUAUGCUUUUCAGUUAUUUCGGGUGUUACAUUUAGUAUGUAAAAUUGCUUUUUUUAAGCCAAGAAGAAUCUGUUGGUUAUAUGCCAUAGUUUGAAAGAGCACUUUUAAACUGGCAAAGAUGAGUUGAUAUUAAGCUGAACAAUAUAUUUAACUUGGCAGGUAUUCUUGUCAAGAGCCAUUGGGAUGCUCUGUUGAGUCAUUGUAAUAAGGGGAACUCUUUUCAGCAGAUGUUACAACACAUUCCCCACAUGAUUGGGACGAACCAUGAAAGGAAUAGGUGAGGAUUGUUUCAAAAAUCUGGGAGAUUACAUUUUUAGUGUGAGCGAAGGUUGUUUUCCCUUGCUUGUCCUUGUGUCGCCGAGAUUAAUUUUUUGUGUUGUUUGAGAACAAAUCUAGUCAGUUACAUCUGACAAAUCCGCAGUGAUCUCCUAUCAAGGCUGUCAUCUAUGUAGGUGUCACAGGGUUGAACUACUGAAGAUUGGCUCUGACAUAAUAAUAUGCAAAUUGUAUGGAUGACAUUCCUCCUAGACAGUUCUACAUAAUGGAUUAAUAUAUUGAUUUUGGUCACCAGGAUAAUACUGCUAAUAUAGACAAUUGAUAAUAGUGAUUGUUCAGGAAUUCCAGAAUGUUUUGAUUUGGAAAUCUACAAUAUAAUGUGGAAAACAAAAGAACCCCUUUGCAUUUUUAAAAAAGGGUUUGGCAAAAAACCCUACUUUCUUGAGUUAAAGAUGAAUAACAGGAUGUACAUACAGUAUAUCUAAGCUUUCAUGAUGGGCAGAAGUAAAUGAACAAAGGGUAAGUUGGUUUCAUUGAAUUUUUUUUUUCCGUAUCAGGAGCGACUUGCACCAAGUCGCUUCUGGUGUGAAAGAAUUGGCCGUCUGCAAGAACGUUGCCCAGGGGAUGCCCGGAUGUUUUGAUGUUUUUACCAUCCUUGUGGGAGGCUUCUCUCAUGUCCCUGCAUGGAGUUGGAGCUGAUAGAGGGAGCUCAUCCGUGCUCUCUCCGGAUUGGAGUUGAACCUGGGAGCCUUUAGGUCAGCUACCCAACCUUCAAGUCACAAGGCUUUAACCCACUCCGCCACUGGGGGCUCCGGUGAAAUAAAACGGACUAAAACAUCUUGAAUUUUGACUAUAAGGCAAUCAGCAUUUAUUUGACAAAAGAAGGUUAUAUACAAAUUAAACUUUUAUGAAGGAAAUAUGAAAUUCCAUAUUUUGCACAAUGGUAAUAUAAUUAACACAGCCAGACACAGUCAUUACAUACGAUAAUUUUUCAGAAGGUAAAAUCGGAAUCGGUUCAGCAUCACCAAAUUGAGAUUAAAAAGAUGCCCACAUUUCUCCAAUUUUUUUCAUCCUGUUAGAUAGACAGAGAACCAAAAUGAAUAUAUACAAACAAGUCCUAUUCAUAAAUACUGCAGAAGGCUGAACACAGUGUCUUCAAUCAUAUUGAUCAAGGAAACACCUCUAUUUUUAAACAACAUUACAAGUUAACUUUUAAAUGUAUUCUGACUCACAAUCAAAUGUAGGCACAUUUCAGUAGAUUUGGUGGACUGGACAUGAAUAUGCUGGCUGUAUCCUCCUUUAGCAGCUCCUCUAGUUCCCUAAAAAUGCUAUGUAAAGGGCAAGAGAGGAGCUAAGUUGAAUGUCCCAAGAGGGAGAUAUGAGGAAACUUCUACAAAGUAGCCUUUUGGCUCCAUACAUGUGUUUUGUGCUGAAUCAUUGGUUUUCAAAGAAGCUUUUGCUUCUUUACUUUUAUAUAAUGUCGUUUCCCUGUGGCUAUGGCCUCUGCUGAGAGCCAGUAUAGCAUUGUGGUUUGAGUGUUGGUCUACAAUUCUGGAGACCAGGGUUCCAUUCUGUGCUUAAACAUGGGAAUGGACAGGGUGUCCUUGAGCAAGUCACACACUCAGCCUCAGAAAACCCUAUGAUAGUUCUGCUACAAAUUGGAACCAACUUGAAGGCAUACAGCAAUAUGCCUUCAAGGCAACAACAGCCUCUAGUAACAUACAUCCCUUUUAAAAUUAAUCACUUGACUUCCAAUAACAUGUUUAUAGUAAAGGCCAGCUUAUAAAUGGGUUUUUGGAAUAAUGUGUGAAAGAACUAAUUGCAUAUCCUACAAAUAUUGACCACUGUACAAUGAAAAGCAUAAUCUUGGUGAUUAACUGUAGGCACUACCAGCUAAGAUAGCUGAGCACAGCUAUGUGAAAUUGUUAGCAAAAUAUUCAGCUUUUGGGAUUCCUAAAAUCCAUUAGACACUGGAUUUUAGGAAAAUCCCUCUAACUGUGGGAGGAAGAAAGUGAAGAGCAGCUAUGUGCAGAGGGAAAGCAAGCGUAGGAAAAAUGCAGAUAUGUUGACAUCAAUUGAUAUGUAGUGCGUAAUAACAUUCAAGAGUUAAGAAACAUUCCAGUUCAACUUACACAUUUUCCUUGAAGACGUUUUGUGUAAUUAAGUCCGUUUCUUGGUAGGGUUCAUCCUCACUACUUAGUCCCAAUGCUUCAAGUGCUAAAAUAUUGGAGAAAUUAAAGAAUCUUACAAGUGUUUGUACUAACAGAAUUCAAUUUCUUAGGAAUUUGCCUCACCUUCUUGUUCUGUUUACAUUUAGUGGUUCCCACCUUGGACUCUAGAUGUUGCUGGAGUAUAGCACCAUUAUCCCUAUUCAACAGACACAGCUGGGGCAACUAAUGUUGUUGUUCACUGCUGGUUGUAUAUAACACUGACUGGAAGGGAAUUCUGCCCAACAAGUGAUGAAUGUGCAGUGCAUUACCUAUGCUCCAAAAUACAUUAUCUUUCAAAUGUG